AUGCUUGCAAAGGAGAUCGUCAUAUCUGGUCUUGGAGGCAGCGACAAAUUUCGGGCAACUCCAGGUCUACUUCUCUUUCAGACACCCGAAGCUUACAAUGCCAUGUUUGAUCACAAAGCGAACGUCAAGAAGUCUCCAUUCUAUGAGGUGUGGAGACGGAACAAACACGACCUCAACACACUAGGCUGUACCGAUGUUAGAAUGCAUGCCCGAAGGAGAAAGGCUCUUUCGUUGGCUUUUACCGAGCAGUCAGUCAAGGCCACUGUACCUUUCGUGGCUCGUCAUGUCGAUCGAUGGAACAAGCUGCUGCCCGGUGAGAUCUUUGGUGUCGAGGGAUGGUCUGGACCACAGAAUCUUACGGAGUGGACUGACUACUUGUUGUUCGACAUGUUUGGCGAUAUCUGCUUCGGCAGUUCCAACAACACCAAAGAGCCUGGGCCGAACAACUUGAAGCGUAUCCCAAACAACAUCACUAGAUACUUACGCUUUUACAAUCCCCUCGCCAAAUCUCCAUUCCGAAGCUUGUUGCUUUGGCUCAAGCCUCGCGGCCUGGACGGGUUGAUGAAGCUUAUCACUCCUAAGGAGAUCAAAGAGUACUUCGCCUUCACGGAAAACCUGGCUAAGAGCCGAGUCGAAUCUGAGCGGAAGAAUGAGACCGAAAAACGUCCAGCUGAGCGUGAAGACAUGUUCCACUUCCUGUGCACGGCGAAGGACCCGGAGACGGGUGACUUUGCGCUGACUACCGAACACUUGAUAGCCGAUGCAAAUCUGCUCACUGUUGCCGGCUCGGACACCACGAGUGCAACGGUGACCGCGCUCUUUUUCUUCAUCACUCGCAAUCCGAAAGUAUACACAAAGCUUGUCCACGAAAUCAGGAGCAACUUCGACAGCGCUGAAGAGAUCGGUUCAGGUUCAGAUUUAAUGGCAAAGUGCGAGUAUCUCAGAGCAGCUGUAUAUGAGUCCUUGCGCCUCUCGCCGGCUGGCCCUAGUGAGCUUGAACGUACCGUACUCUCGGGUGGAAUCAGAAUUGCUGGCGAACACCUUCCUGGCGGUAUCACGAUCGGAGUGCCCAAAUGGUCACUCGGUCGGAACGAAGCUCUCUGGGGUGACUACAAUACCUUCCGCCCGGAGAGAUGGAUAGUUUCCGAUUCAAACACGCAAGAGGAGGUGAACCAUUUGAAACGAUCCUUCCAUCCCUUCUCCAAGGGCGUGGGAAGCUGCAUAGGUCAGAAGAUGGCAAUGAUACAACUCUGCAUGAUUGUUGGAAGAACUCUCUGGAGAUAUGACGUGCGACAGGCUCCUGGGCAAUGUGUGGGAGAAGGACGUCCUGAUCUUGGCUGGGGCAGAAGAAAUCGUGGUCACUUCCAGCUGAGAGACGCGUACAUCUCUCUCCGUGAAGGUCCGAUUGUUCAGUUCAAGAAGAGGGUGCUAUAA